GUAGGUCUGUUGAACGAACCAGAGGGAGUGUAGAUAAGGAUGUGGUCACGUCUCUGUCUGAGAACCAAAAACCAAAAGCUGUGGGUGCAGUUUUUAGAGGCUCCAAACAAACAAGCCCAUGUUUAUCGGUACCCCAAAUGAAAAUUCCUACCCAUUACGUGUGAGGUCUUACUCUUAUCCCCAAUAAUACAUGUCUCAAACGAUACAUCCACCAACUUUCUCUCGUGUGAAUAUUGUGUAUAUAAAGCCUUCGCAAUCAACACCUUCUUCCUCAUCUCUCUUUUCUUCUCUCUUUAAAGCCAACAUGGAGAGCGAUAUUGUCAACAUGAGGACCUUUGACAUGGAUGCACUUAAGACAAAUCUUCCACAGAAGAGAGGACUGUCAAGGUAUUACUCGGGAAAAUCGAGAACAUUUACUUGCAUGGCUGAUGUUCGUUGCCUUGAGGAUUUGAAGAAACCAGAACAUCCAGAAGCUAAGAAGAGGAAGAAAUAUUCGGAGAGGAAGGACAUUCAUCUUUCGCCAUGUAGAAGAGUUUCCAGUAGCACUCAAUGUGCCACUCCUUGCGUUAAUUGAGAGUUUUUUCUCCACAUUGUCUAUAUAAGUUCAAAUUUCAACAAUACACGCAAAAUAUUUCAUUUUCUGUAGUUGUAUUUCAAACCCUCUUUAAUGCAAUGAACUAUGCCUUUGCAAA